AUGACACCAAGUCAACCAUGCAAUCGACGAAACUUCAUGCACCUCCCCCCAGAACUCCGGCUCAAAAUCUACGAAUACGCCCUCGCGGUCCCAAACACCUACAUCAACAAACCGCUAAUAGUAAUUCACGACCGAGGCAGCGUCUUCACAUCCCGAAGCCGCUAUAGAGCUCUAUCAAUGUGUCCAAUCUGGCAAGGCGAAGACGGCACAGCCAGGGCUCUACUAUCCGUGAACCGCCAAAUCCACGCGGAAGCAGAAAACUACCUCUACAAAACGCACACACUAUUCUUCCGCAACUCCUUUGACUUGGACAGAAUAGGUGCGUUCCUCAAUACCCUCAGUCCCACAGCCCGAGCUAGCAUCCGCAGCGUGGGCUUCGAGGUAUUUUUCUUCGUGCACACCGAUGACUGCGUACCGAAGCGUACAUUGAAACAGUAUGAGCAUGCACGAGAUGCUCUGCUGGAGAGACUACCCAACUGGAAGAAUGUACUGUGUUAUCUGGAUCCGAGGUUCUAUUACCCUGCUGCCUGUGUGGGUGGUCGUGAACUCGCGGCGAGGGGAGUACUUGAUAUGGCGAAGCGGUUUGGAUCGCGUGAGUUGGGGCUGGAUGUUACUUUUAAUCCGUUGCCUGAUUCUCAGCAUCGGCUUGUUGAAGAGGCGAAGCAGGUUAUUUGGAGGAGUAGUUCGCCCGAGAGACGCGUGGCUGGAAAGAGGGUGUUUGGAGGGAAAAUGGCAGAGGGCAAUGCGGGCAAUUACGCGAUUGCGUUGGUAGGAUAA